ACACUAGUCACGCCCCCGUCAUGUAAUUCUAGCCGAGUCAGCCCGGUAAAAAGCCGCUGCGAGUGUCGUGUUUACCUUUCCCCCCUCUUUCUCUCUGUCUCCAUUUAUUCACCUGCAGCCACGUGACAGCGAGGAAAACCGACGCGCUGCGGCCGCGGAUGAGCAUCAACGGCGAGGAGGAGAAUCCGCCCCCCCUCCCGCGGCGACGGUGCCGUUAAUUUGACUUUGAAGGAGCUCCGUCCCUCAUCGGUCCCUCAUCCGUCCCUCAUCCGUCCCACACCGGUCCCUCAUCCUGCGGCCGCAGCCAUGAGCGGAAGAGCCGGAGACCUCAGUCCCAAACAGGCUGAAGCCCUGCAGCAGUUUCGAGAGAGGAUACAAGACGUUCUUCCUCAACUUCCUGCGCAGCAUGACCACUUCCUCUUACGCUGGCUCAGAGCCAGAAACUUCAACCUCCAGAAGUCUGAGGCGAUGCUCCGAAAGCAUUUGGAGUUCAGGAAGCAGAUGAAAGUCGACACAAUACUCGCCGACUGGCGCCCCCCAGAGGUGAUCGAGAAGUACCUGUCGGGAGGGAUGUGCGGCUACGACCGCGAGGGCAGCCCCGUGUGGUACGACGUCAUCGGGCCGGUGGACCCCAAAGGCCUCUUCCUGUCCGCCUCCAAGCAAGACUUCAUCAAGUCCAAGAUCCGGGACUGCGAGGCGCUGCAGGAGGAGUGUUCCCUGCAGUCCCAGCGGCUUGAGAGGAACGUGGAGUCAAUCACCAUGAUCUACGACGUAGAAGGUCUGGGUCUGAAGCACCUGUGGAAGCCUGCUAUAGAGACCUAUGGAGAGAUCCUCCAGAUGUUUGAGGAGAACUACCCAGAAGGCCUGAAGAGGCUGUUUGUCAUUAAAGCACCCAAACUCUUCCCCGUGGCCUUCAACCUGGUCAAGCACUUCCUGAGCGAGAACACGAGACAGAAGAUCUACAUCCUCGGGGCUAACUGGCAGGAGGUUCUACUGAAGUACAUCGACGCGGAGGAGCUGCCGGUCAUCUACGGCGGCAAACUGACGGACCCCGACGGAGACCCUCGCUGCCGGACCAAGAUACACCACGUCGGCCCGGUUCCCCCCUCCUACUACGUGCGGGACCACGUGAAGGUGGACUACGAGCGGUGCAUGACCGUCAGCCGGGGCUCCUCCCAGCAGCUGGACUACGAGAUCCUGUUCCCGGGCUGCGUCCUCAGGUGGCAGUUUGCCACGGAGGGGGCGGACAUCGGCUUCGGGGUGUUCCUGAAGGCCAAGAAGGGCGAGUGGAAGAAAGCCUCCCAGAUGCAUGAAGUGGUGCUCAGCCAGCGUUACAACUCCCACUUGGUGCCCGAGGACGGAUCCCUGACCUGCGAGCGCCCGGGAGUCUACGUCCUGAGGUUCGACAACACCUACAGCAUCUUCCAGGCCAAGAGGAUCAGCUUCUCCGUCGAGGUCCUGCUGCCGGACCACAUGCAGCCCCCGCAGACCAACGGGGCGGGCAAAGACCACGAGCCGGCUGCAGGCGGCGACGGGCGACCGUGACCCGAGGGCCGGACACGCGGAGGUGGGGGGGGGGGAGGGCGCAGGGCGUCGGCAGCGUUUGGACGCCGCUGAGCGUGGCCUGAGAGACUCCAGUUGGACGGGACCCACGUGUGCUGU